CAAUCCCACAAUUCUCCCCCCCCCCCCAGUUUCCCACCCACCUCGAAUCCACCAUGAACUCGCUCCAAUCCUUCCUCGCCGUCGCGCCCGUCGUCAACCCGGCGGCGGCCGGCCCAGCCGGCGCGAGGCUUCUUCCGUCCCGGCGGGCGCGCGUCUCCGCCUGCCUCGCGACCCCGGCGCCGCCGCCGACAGCCGCGCCGGCGGGGCGGCGGGAGCUGUCCGCGGCGAGCCGGGCCGUCGUGGAGGACGAGGCCAAGUACAUCGUCGGCACCUACAAGCGCGCGCAGGUCGUCUUCGUGUCCGGGCGCGGCUGCAAGCUCUACGACAUCGACAACCGCGAGUACCUCGACAUGGCCGCCGGCAUCGCCGUCAACGCCCUCGGCCACUGCGACCCCGACCUGGUCGAAGCUGCCACGGACCAGUCCAAGCGCCUCGGCCACGCUAGCAACGUCGGCUACACCGUUCCCCAAGUGCACCUCGCCAAGCGGCUCGUGGAGGCCUCCUUCGCGGACCGCGUCUUCUUCGCCAACUCCGGCACUGAAGCCAACGAGGCAGCCAUUAAGUUCUCCAGGAAGUACCAGCAGGUCGCGAACCCGGAUGGCGACGCGUCCACGGGAUUCGUGUCCUUCUCCAACUGCUUCCACGGCCGGACCAUGGGCGCCCUCGCGCUGACCAGCAAGGUGCAGUACCGCGAGCCAUUUGAACCGGUCAUGCCUGGCUCGACAUUCGUGGAGUAUGGCAAUUUGGAGGAGGCCAAGAAGGUGAUAAAGUCGGGGAAGAUUGCUGCUGUGUUUGUUGAGCCCGUGCAAGGUGAAGGCGGGAUUCACAGUGCCACCAAGGAGUUCUUGCAGGGGCUGCGUGAUGCCUGUGAUGAGGCUGGGGCUCUACUUGUCUUUGACGAGGUGCAAUGUGGUCUGGGGCGCACAGGGUACCUAUGGGCCUAUGAGAUUUAUGGAGUAAAACCUGACAUGAUGACCUUGGCAAAGCCAUUGGCCAACGGCCUUCCUAUUGGCGUAGUAUUGGUCAAUGAAAAGAUUGCUGCAGCCAUAAACUAUGGAGACCAUGGCACCACAUUCGGCGGAAACCCUUUCGUGUGCAGCGCUGCAUUAGCUGUAUUGGACAAGAUCCAGAAACCCGGUUUCCUGGCAGAGGUGACCAAGAAAGGAGAGAACUUCAGGCAGCUGCUCAAGACCAAGCUGAGCGGAAAUCCUCAUGUCAAAGAGAUCCGGGGGAUCGGUCUCAUUGUUGGCAUUGAGCUCGACGUCCCGGCUGGUCCUUUAGUCGAUGCGUGCUUGGCCGCUGGUGUCUUUUUGCUGACGGCUGGGAAAGGCAAUGUCGUUAGGCUUGUGCCGCCGCUUAUCAUCUCGGAAAAGGAGCUGGAGCAAGCUGCAGAGGUGAUAAGGGACUGCCUACCUGCUCUUGAUUCUUGAAGCCCCUACCUCUUAGCCUAAGGGACAGAUAUAACGAGUUCUAGAUGUCGAAGUUUCUUUCAAAAUUUGGAAGAAAAUGUCAUGUUUGGCUGUUGUGAUGUCUAAGUUUCUUUCAGAAUUUGGAAGGGAGUAAUAAUGUCAUGUUUGACUA